AUGGAAGACAUCUUCAAAAAAUCAGCCAACAAUAAACAGACUCUAAGUGACCAGCUUCCUUGCAUAUCAAAACCAUGUACUUGGAAUGUCUUAAGUAAGAGAAAGCAUGAACCAACAGUUAUCUAAGAAGUUCAGUUUGAAAAGCAUGUUUAUGGUAAAAGAAGGAAAGAUGACAAGGCUUCAACUAACAUUACUCCUAGUGAACUGGGUGCUUCUCACAAACAACAGCACAGUGCAGAUUUCAAAUUUAUUUUUUAA